AACAUUGAUAGUAGAUAGCGGAACCAACAAUAACAAAAAAAAAACUCCCGGUGGUAAGGUGGUUUGAUGAUAAAAAGUAUCUGAUAGUAAUUUUGUGGAUGAUCUCCGGCCAGUUUUUUUACCCUCAAAUUAUUCCUCCGCAGUUCUUUUUCAUUUAAUUCCUUUUCUCAUCUUUUAAGUACAGAUCAUUAACUUUAUUCACGUACACAUCUCUCCUUACUCUUCCCUAUUCACCAUAUGCACCAUGACAGAUCAAGAUUCAACUUCCCCCUCUGAAAAUGGAGUGGAGAUCUCCACAAAUGGCGCCCACCAACCAUCAUCGUCCAAAGAAACCACACCGGGAACCCCUUUUGCAAAACGAACGCUGAGACCACGGAACAUUGCCACCAUUCAAGCUGACUCUGACCGCAGGAAGAAGAAGAACUCCAAACUAGAAAAGAGGCGGAUGACUGAGUGCUUGGAAACCAUUUACGAGGAGCCAGUGACCAAUAAGAAAGGUGAACUCCUCCUGACAGGAAGGAAAUUGAAAAGGUCCAUAACAUUCAAUCCAGGGAGUGGGGAGGAGAUAAGCAAAGGAAAAAUCAAGAAACGCAGAGACAGAAUUAAAAAGAAAUUGGGAAAUAAUUUCAAAUUAAAAAUGAAAAAGCUAAAUCAAGUUAAGUCCAUGAACAUGAGUGAUGUCAGGUGUAGACUGAAUCUACUAGACAUUGAUGAAUCUUUGUAACCUAGAUUUGUUUCUAAAAGAGUAUUUUACACUCUUGUCAUGGGUCUUGGAAUUUGCCAUUUAACUGAGGUAACAAAUUGUUGUGAUUUUUGCAAGAAAUAUUUAAGCGUAAAAAUGAUCCAAAAAUUAAGGAUGCAAAGGUCCCUGAUUAAGUAGGUACUACAACAUUCUGAAAGGGUGCUUUUCUGCAAACGGUCAAAAUCUCUCUAUUGAGUUGUGGCGAAAAUUAUGAGUGGGAUUGUCGCCCUGUUAGGGUACUCGAAGUGAUAAGAAGAUACUUUAAAGGCUAUAAUCAUGACAACCCUGCUAUUACGUAGCAAGUGUGCAUUAUUGUAUUGUUUACUACUGUGAGUAUGUCUGUGUACUAUUGUGUAUUAGUGUGAAGUCUCAGCAAAAAGGAUGCGAUUAACUUCCAUUAUGAACACCCUACAAUUAAUCAAUUAGUGGGCUUUCAGAGCUUCAUGUGAGUAUGGAGGAGGAAUUUGAGGUUGGGUUUUGGACGGAAAGACACUAUUAUUUCUCUCUCAAAAUUAUAAAAAAAUGUACUGUAGGACCGCAAAUUCUAUGACCUAAUAGGAGCAUUAUUCAUGUUAGAAGAAUAAUAUUCUUUUUAAUUUGAGUGCCUGCUUACGAAGAUUUGAGUUUGACUUGAAUGACCCAUUUACUUUAGUAGCUUUUUUUCAAUUUAUUGUAUGGACACCUCUGGUAGACUUGAAUCAGUUGAGUUGGCAGUUGCUUACUUCCAGUUUAAACAUGGCAGUGCCUCUGUCGUCCAAUAGCGAUCAAGAUGAGACAGAGGGCAGUGCACUCAGACAUGUAAAUCAAGACAAUGGCAGCUAAAGAUUGAAAGCAAUUAACUUUCAACAAAUUUGAUAGGAGUUCCAUAAUGUUUUUCUGAAACCAAAAGCAACUCCAUAAAUUCACUCAGUUUUAAAAUUUAUUUUACAUACCUUAAGAGUAUCAGUAAUCAUCCAUAGACUUAAAAAUUAACCAGUGGUUUUGAAAGAAAAAGCAUAUUUUCUGUGGCCAUUUUCCUUAAGCGUACAAAUGAUUGCAAAAAAAAAAAAAAAAAAAACUUGUGUUGUUUCUAAACAUAUCAAGGAGUAGGAGGUAGAUGUUCAUAUAGAAUUGCACAAAGUGCAUAACCACAUAUCUCCAUUUGUGGUGUUGCAGACCUCCUGUCAAACUUUAUUGUUUUCUUGGAAAGCGCGUCAACCUGAUUUCUCCUUUGUAACCAAUGAUGUCCAUUAUCAAAAGCUUUUCAAAAACUGGAUGUCUCGACAGUUGGUCUAUUCUUAAUUUAUUCUGUCCUCUGAAUACUCACAGUAAAAACUUGUCAGUUUGAUUUCUCAAAUGUAAUUUAUGGUCUGAUGCCUUGUAAUUUCAUCUCUCCUAAUCUUUAUCUUUGUAACUACCUAUCUUUGCUCUAUCUUUUUGUUUCUUUUCCAAUUUGAAUGUCAUAUCUAAGUAGACCUUCCUGUUCUAUGUUAAUUAAUUUAGUGCGUUUUGUCUCAAUGUUUUUUAAAACUUUUUCAUCAACUCAGGAUUGGUUUACUUCUAGGCUGUGAGCUCAGCCCUACAAAUGAAUCAUUGAAGUUUUUUUUUUUUUUUUUUUCUAAAACGUUUGGAGGUAAAGGUAAAGCCAAAAAUCGAACCAAAAAUGUUUCGCAAGAGAAGGAAAAUAUUGUAACUUUCAUUUUCUAUCAGAAUUAUCAAAUAUCAAGUGUAAUACUCAAUUAGUUCAUCCUUAAGUUUGUAUAGAAUUGCUCUGAUAACAAUGAUCGGUGAAGUUAGAAACUUCCAUCUUGUCAGAUAGCUUUUCAGUUUUUUUUUUAAAAUCAAACUUCAACAGCAAGAGGAACGUGGGAACUUUGGGAUAUAGCCUCUUGUUUAGUUAAAUGGGCAUAGCUGGAGUCAACCUGCAAUCUGCAGACAUUGCCUGGGUGAAGGACAAAUUGCUGUUCUAUUUUUUAUUUUUUUAACGAAGGGAUAAAGUUAAGGUAUAUAUUUGUGAUAAAUUCCUUAACUCAGUAUUGUUGAACCCUUUCAUAAAAAAUUAAAUGUACGUUUAUCAAGUUUAUAAUUUUGUAUAUAUUGUAUUUUCGUACGGAACGAUGUAAAUAAAAACGAUACUCGGUACCUUCUUGAAAUCAA